UUUAUUCAGUAUUAAGUGAUCAGUUUAAAUAACAAUGAAGUGCAUAUUAUUAGUAUUAAUUACUAUAAAUUUUCAGAGUUUAUGCAAAGCGGUUUAUUAUCAGUCAAAUUCAACAGAUUUAACAAAAUGUAGUACAAUAUCUUACUCUAGAACGGGCAGUAAUUAUAAAGAAUUUUACCCCAUCUCUGUGAAGAAUAAUCCUGAAAAUGGUUCUUUGAUUUUCGACUUUCAUUUUGCAGUUUUAGCGACUAGCGAUGCUCAUAUUUUGUUAGCGCCUUCGGAUAAUAUUACUAAACAGGAUCCUGUUUACGAGCUGGUUAUCGGGGCUGGUGGAAAUACUUUCUCUGAUAUAAGAAGAAUGCAGAAAUCCGAUGUUAAAGCAUCCGUGCGGAUAAAAAAUUUGUUAUCCGCUCUUGAUCCACAUUUCUUCUGGAUUCAUAUGACGAAAAUUGGAACGGAAGGUCUACUAGAGGUAGGAAGAGAAGGAGAUAACACUUCUUUCAUUUCCUGGCAGGACCCCGACCCUUUACCGAUUAAAGUUAUCAGCUUCAGUACGUGGUCUGGCAUUGAAGCUAAAUGGUAUUUUGAUUGCGACAGAUCUGGAAACGAGGAGGAAAUACAGAAAAGUUUAACACCAUUGGAAAAAUUGAGGCGAAUCAUGUUGGCACAGUAUGAUCCUAUGGUCAGACCUGUUCUAGAUCAAGGGACUUUUACUAUGCUUCCAAUAUGGUUGAAUUUAAAGUACUUGGAACUGGAUGAACACAAAUCAACGCUAUACUUGAUGGGGACUGCAACUUUAAAAUGGCGUGAUGAAAAAUUGGAUUGGGACCCUAAAUUGUAUGGAGAUAUUCAAACGAUGCAUAUAUUUAAAAAUGAGAUAUGGCAACCUAAAUUAUUGUGUUCUAGUGCUGUUUCAAAUCCCUACGCCAUAUUUGAAGAUUCCAUGAUGGUGGUAAAUCAUACAGGCAUGGUUACGUGGAGGCCAGCAUUUCAUUUGGAAACAUUUUGUAACGCUGUGAACUUGGGCGACUGGCCUAGAGAUACUCAUACAUGCAAUGUAUCUUUUGAAAUUUUUCACGAUCAAAAUGUUCUAGUAAUUUUUGACGAAAACGGUAGUUCAUUGUUAGAUCAUGAACCGUCUCAAUGGUUAGUUUUAGAAGCAAAAGCCCUUAACAAACAAAACACGACAUUAGAUUCUUGGAGAUUCUUUAAUAUAAUAUUUAAAGUAAAACGGUCAUCAUCUAUCUAUACUGCAGUAUUCUUCAGUCCGUUUUUGGUUAUCGCAGUGUUGCUUCUUACAUCUUUUUGGGUUAGCACAAAAGGUCAUAUGAAAAUAUCUAUGGGUUGUGCACAGCUAUUGUUGGAAACUUUGAUGUUGUUGACACUAGGAAGCUUUGUGCCGAACAGUUCAGAUCACGUGCCGAACUUGACUCUCCUGUACAGUUGGAGUCUAGUGGGAACACUAGUUUCAAUAAUAAUAUCCAUUAUAGUUAUAAACUUUUCAAGAGAAAAACAAGGGACUCCUUUAUCUCACAUUUUGUGCAAUAUUCUUACUAUAAAAUUUGUCAAAAGGAUUUUGUUUUUACCUGACAUAAUUAUGCCGGAUGAAUAUGGCCAUUUGGGAAGAAACUCAUUGACCAAAAAUGAAGAUAAAGGCCAAUCUUUUUGGUUCUUGUUGGGUGUGGCAAUAGACAGAAUUUCCUUUUUUGUAUAUUUAUUGCUUGUGUGCUAUGUCGUAGGACAAUAUAUAGCAUUUUGCCUUUAAAUAAGUUUAUAAUAUAUGUUCUAAAUUUUACAUUUAAACAUUUUACAUAAAAUGAAAUUUUACAUAAAAAAUGUAAGUACUUAAGAUUUAUAUUAAGUAAAAAA